UUUUCAUUUAUAGUCUUCAGAUACACUUAUGUUAACGUAUUAUCAUGGGAAAGUUGUUCAUGCAAAGCGGAUAUUUUGUGCUAUUGUCAUUAAUGAUGCAUAUCGACUGUUCAGUUCCACUAUGUGAAUCCUAUGCAAAUGGGUUAUUUUUGUUCGGCCGAAACUGUGAGUAUCUGUGUCAUUGCGCCGGGGGCCUACAGUGUGAUGACGUCACAGGCGCAUGUAGCAACGGCUGUGGUGACCAUUGGUUUGGACCUGCUUGUCAGUAUUAUGAUGUUGCACUAGGUGUAAAAUCCAGACAUCUAGACAACCAACCGGAUUACCAUUAUUCGAGCGAGGCCAAUGACGGUAACCCAAAUACAUGCAGUUAUACAAACUACGCAUCCGCUGCAAACGACAGACAAAUUCCACCAUACUGGAUCAUUUUCUUUCAAAAGGAUGUCUAUCUGUCUAAAUUUGAGCUAGAAACAUUCUCGUCUGCUCCUUAUCAAGGAUUUUACGACAAAUUUAAGCUUUACGUCGAAAAUUAUCCAAGCAAUAGAAUGUUGAAUACUCCUGAUGAUAGAAACUACAUCCCACCGGACGCGGACAGACAAUUGUGCUACCAACAUGAUGGGUUGGACACGCCCAGUGAUAAAAUGGCUGUGAACUGUGGGCGGUCACUUUCUGGAAAUUCAGCUAGAAUUGAGAUGAUAAAUAAAAGUACACAACUGGUGCUGUGUGAUAUUAAGAUUAAUAUUGGAAGAAAUGUUGCACUUAGGAAGACAGCAUCCUAUAGUGAGGACAAUCAACAAACUUCUGAUCCUGGAGCAGCGGUAGACGGUACCACCACAACACCUUGUGUCUUUGUGACUCCAAUUAACCCUUGGUGGGAAGUCGACCUCGGCACCAAAAUGAAAGUUAACAGGAUAGUGAUUAGCGAAUAUAGCACCGGGUAUUUAUCGGGAUAUGCUGUCGAGACAGCCCAAGUUCCAGGCGGUAAUAGAACUACAGUAUUUACUGAUAACUCGGGAUUGACACCUACAGAAAUAUAUACAUCUGUCGAAGCAAGGCUUAUUAGAAUAUCUAGGUCUGGUGGGACACUUGCAUUAUGCGAAGUUCAAGUAUUUGCAGAAUGCCCUUACCUACGUUGGGGAAAUGAAUGUGAAAACAAUUGUGGCCAAUGCCUUGGUAACUAUUGCUACGAUUGGAAUGGAUAUUGCAAAAAUGGUUGUAAGAGUGGUUACAAAACAACAUAUACGUGCUUGGAUGACUGUGAUGAUGGUCGAUUUGGGGCGGGUUGUUUCGGUACUUGUGGUCACUGUCUAGACGGGUUGCCAUGCAACAAGAGGACUGGAUACUGUGAUCAAGGGUGUGCACCGGGAUGGACUGCAGACCCAACGUGCAUACAGGAAUGUCAAGAUGGAAAUUAUGGUUUGAACUGUACUGGAGAUUGCAGCUCAAAAUGCGAUGGUGUAUGUAAUAAGACGGACGGUGUUUGCCCAGCAUGUACAAGUGGAUGGCAAGGGCACUUUUGCGAGAAAGAAUGCGACAAUGGAACUUACGGCGCUGGAUGUAUACGUAACUGCUCCAACUGCUUUAAUGGUGAACCGUGCGAGAAAAGUACGGGUGUGUGCAUAAAUGCUUGCAGUGCAGGAUGGCAGGGGGAAAUGUGUGACAGAGAAUGCGAAGACGGUAGAUAUGGAAAUAAGUGCGAACAUGUGUGUAGCCAAACAUGCGAUGGAACUUGUAAUAAAAUGUUUGGAGAGUGUUUCGCGUGUCUCAAUGGAUGGAAUGGCACUUUCUGUGAGGAAGAAUGUAAGGAUGGGACUUUCGGGAGAGAGUGCCAAGAGAUGUGUUUGAACUGCUUCGAAAACGACACAUGCAACAAAUCUACCGGCAAAUGUCCACGUAGUUGUCAACCUGGCUGGCAAGGAUACACAUGCGAUCAGGAAUGUGCGGACGGAAGCUAUGGAUUAGCCUGUAAUCAGACGUGUAGUAAAACAUGUAAUGGAACGUGUGAAAAGAAACUUGGUAUUUGCCCUGACUGUAACCCAGGAGUAAGUGGCGACUUCUGUGACGAAGAAUGUCUUCCGGGAAUGUAUGGAGCUCGUUGUAAACACAAAUGCGGCGCCUGUGGCAAUAGAACGACCUGCCACACAGCCUCUGGAAUAUGCGCCACUGACGUAUGUGAACCGGGAUAUAAAAUUACAGACAAGUGUCAUGAAGUGUGUGACAAUGGCCACUUCGGCCAUAACUGCUCCCAUAAGUGCGGCAACUGUGAGGGUGUUUGCAACAAAGCCAACGGACAUUGUGAACACGGAUGUAUUGAUGGGUUUGAAGGAGAAGCCUGUGUAACACAAGCACAAGCGAGUGGUCCUGGUCUGGUUGCUGCUGUUGGUGGAAGCGUUGGUGUCGUUGUUGUGAUGGCAGUGCUCUUGGUAGUUGUCCUCGUUUUGUAUAGAAGAAGACGGGCCAAACCACUGUGUUCUAAAGAUGCCAGUGGAUUUACAAACUUGACAGAUGAAAAUGAGAAGAGAGAUGACUCAAACCAUGGAGUGACGUCUUUGCCCCUAUCAGAAUAUGUGAACGAUGCAAUUAAAAAAGAAACUGGACACAAUGAGGAUAGUCCGGAUGUUGACAGUGUCUAUUACAACAACGAGGUUAUUGUAAGAGUAGAACAGUGUUCAAAGACAAAGAUAUCUUUGGAAAACUUCAAAGAGUAUUUGCUACAGAGCAGCAUCACGUUAUUCAUGGAGCAAUUCCAGAAACUUCCAUCAGGACUAUGCCAUGCCACGCAUGUGGCCUCAGACCCGGUGCAUAAUGGAAAGAACCGAUACAGGGGAAUGUAUGCAUAUGAUCAUUCCAGAGUUGUUUUGAAGAAACUAAAAGGGAAACCACAUACUGAUUAUAUAAAUGCCUGCCAUAUCAAUGGUUACCAAAGACAAAACUGUUACAUAGCUGCUCAAGGACCAACCGAGGCAACAAUGAAUGAUUUUUGUCGUAUGAUUUUGGAACAAAGAAUAAAUACAAUUGUCAUGGUUACAAAUCUAUCUGAAGAAGGACGGAUGAAAUGUUUGAAAUAUUGGACAUCAGAAAAAAACGACCAGCCUGAGAAUGAUGCUAUUGUACUUGCUUUAAAACAUGAACAAAAGUAUGCAGACUUUACUAUUCGUCGUUUGCGGAUAUAUCAAGAGGGGCAUCCCGAUUCAACGACAGAUGUAACCCAGUUUCACUAUACAGCUUGGCCUGACAAGGAUGUACCAAACAGCCCCGCAAGUUUGAUACAUUUCUGGAGAAGAGUUAGAGCCCAUGACGAAGAUAAGAUCCUCCCAUGGCUGGUGCAUUGCAGCGCCGGAGUCGGGAGAACUGGAACCUUCAUAGCCAUGGAUGUGUUGUAUGAGGCAGGUAAAGCAUUGGGAACAGUUAACAUAUUUGAAUGUGUAAAGAAUCUGCGGGACCAGAGAGUCAAUAUGGUUCAAACUGCGGGCCAGUACAGAUACCUUCAUACGCUGGUUAAAGAGAUGCUAGUUUUAGCCAAUGAGCCUGUGUCGACAGAAAACUUUGCUGAGACAUAUACAAUUCAGGGAGAGGUAGAUGUGAUGAAACUGCAAGCACUUUACGAGAUGUUGCAGACUGAUGUUACGGAUGUAAAUACUUCCUUAGACGAACGCAAGAACAAAGCCGACUCACAGACUGCAAAUUUGCCAGACAAUAUUGAGAAAAACCGAUAUAAGGAAAUACUUGCUUCUGAUGAAUAUAGACCAUUCUUAAACACACCCGUAGCUGGCACGACGAACUACAUUAACGCUAUUUUCAUUCCGGAUUACAUCAAUGACAACCGGUUUGUCAUAUCUCAGACUCCUUUGAAAACAACUGUUAUUGACUACCUACGGCUAAUCCAUGAACACAACAUCCGUCUCGUGAUAGCCUUCGAUGACCAUGGAGACGAAAAAGUUGGUAGCUUUGUACCGACUGAUGACAGUCCUGUUGUGGCAGCCAAGUUCUUGGUCAAGAAAAUUUCAGAGACAACUCGGAGCUACUCGGUGAAAAGAACGUACAAGAUGGAGUAUAAGGAAACGUCUUCAAAUUUUGACCAUAUAACUUGUACGAAAUGGACACCUAAAGAAAGUGUACCUGCAAAUGUUGACCACAUGAUUACGCUUCAAAGCGAUGUAGAACGCGCUCUGCCCACACUUGGUGACACUCCUAUUCUUGUACAAUGCUUGAAUGGAGCCGAGAGGAGCGGCCUGUUUGUGGUACUCAUUAACAUAUUGGAGAGAUGUCGAAUGGAUGGAGAAGUGUCUAUUCCUCAGGUCAUCAGACAUCUUCGGACAAGGAGACACCAGAUUAUACCCAACUUUGCACAGUUUAUGUUCUGCUACGAAAGCGUUGUCAGUUACAUGAAUGAUGAAACUACCUACGCAAACCUAUAGUGUGGUUAGUAGCAUUAAUGAUGAAACCAACAAUGCAAACCAACAACGCUGACAGUGAUAUAAUGAAACCACCUACACAAUCUACAAUGUUUUCAGAAAUAUAAAGACGAUAAAACCAUCUACUCAAACGGAGGUGUAACUGUUGCCAGUUACAUGGAUGCUGAAACCACCUACGCAAGCAUGUAGAUUAUAAUUACGCCUAAAGAAGAACAUCGAAUAUGUUUCCUUCUGCAUGUUAUCCAAAUGUAUCAUGUGUGAAACGUUACGGUUCGAGUGAAGGAUUCAAGCGUUUUGUUUGUAUCGUAUUUUACUUGGUGAUGUUUUUCAUACGCACAAGUGUUCAAAAUAUUAAAAUUCAAUAUAAAGCAAUAAUACUAGUGUACGUAAUAUGGACUUUUAAUCUUUUAAUUUAUUGUGCUAUUAUUAAAAAAUUUCAAAUCCUGAGCAAAUUAAUCCGCAAUUAUUGUUAAACCAAGUGCCAUUUUCUUUGACAUAACUUACUACACGUAUCAGUUUUGUAGAUCGCAAGACUUGUGUAUUCACUUUAAUUUACCUAAUUGUUGCAUUACACAAGUAAUGAUUGGUUGAUGUAAAGAUAUGUAUGGUUGAACGCGUGAGAAUUAUGUGCAUUCAUUCCACUCUUUUUUUAUUUCUUUCUUAGACUAGAAAAAAUUAUAAUUAUGUUUAUAUAACUUGAAAAAAAUGGUUCUUAUUGUAAUCAAAGUAGAAUCAGCUAUAUAUAUAUAUAUAUAUAUAUAUGAGUACCGUGUUUUAACAUCAUUAGGACGUUCGGUACUUUCGUAUCACCUUUUCAUUAGUACGUGUAUCUAAUUACGAGUUCGUUACAAACUAGUAUACCCCAUCCCAACAGUAGAAUUUGUUAAAGUGACAUUCUUAUUCAAAAUCAAUACGUACACAUGUAUAACAAACAUAAAGUUUGAGUGAUAUACCUUUACUAAAUAAUGCAUUUAUGGAAAAUAUUAAAUACUUAUAACAAGAUUGUAAUCGUGUAUGUAAUAGCUGUAAACGCAAAACAAAAUGAUUGGUAAAUGCUUAAUGAAAGAUUUACUAUGAUCUAUUUUAGUCCCAUAAGCAAUAUAUACCAUGUUUUCUGCACCUU